ACAGACCCCCAGCUGAUGCGGCUGGACAACAUGUUGCUGGCGGAGGGAGUGGCAGGGCCGGAGAAGGGAGGUGGCUCAGCAGUGGCAGCGGCGGCAGUGGCGGCUUCUGGAGGGGCAGGUUCAGACAACUCAGUGGAGCAUUCCGAUUACAGAGCCAAACUCUCACAGAUCAGACAAAUCUACCACACAGAGCUGGAGAAAUAUGAGCAGGCAUGCAACGAGUUCACCACCCACGUGAUGAACCUCCUGCGAGAGCAAAGCCGGACCAGGCCCAUCUCCCCGAAGGAAAUCGAGUGAAUGGUCAGCAUCAUCCACCGCAAGUUCAGCUCCAUCCAGAUGCAGCUCAAGCAGAGCACAUGUGAAGCCGUCAUGAUCCUGUGCUCCCGGUUUCUGGACGCACAGUGGAAGAGACGGAAUUUCAACAAGCAAGCUACAGAAAUCCUGAACGAAUAUUUCUAUUCCCAUCUCAGCAACCCUUAUCCCAGUGAGGAAGCCAAAGAGGAGUUAGCCAAGAAGUGUGGCAUCACAGUCUCCCAGGUAUCAAACUGGUUUGGAAAUAAGCGAAUCCGGUACAAGAAGAACAUAGGUAAAUUUCAAGAGGAAGCCAAUAUUUAUGCUGCCAAAACGGCUGUCACUGCUACCAAUGUGUCAGCCCAUGGAAGCCAAGCUAACUCACCCUCAACUCCCAACUCAGCUGGUUCUUCCAGUUCUUUUAACAUGUCAAACUCUGGAGAUUUGUUCAUGAGCGUGCAGUCACUCAAUGGGGAUUCUCACCAAGGGGCCCAGGUUGGAGCCAACGUGCAAUCACAGAUAGGGACCCAGCCAAUGUACUGCCAGGUGGAUACCCUUCGCCAUGUUAUCAGCCAGACAGGAGGAUACAGUGACGGACUCGCAGCCAGUCAGAUGUACAGUCCACAGGGCAUCAGUGCUAAUGGAGGUUGGCAGGAUGCUACUACCCCUUCAUCAGUGACCUCCCCUACAGAAGGCCCUGGCAGUGUUCGCUCUGAUACCUCCAACUGAUCUCCCCGCAAUUGCAUCCUGGCUGACCCUGUGCCCCAGUCGGGGCAGGGGCAGGAGGGGGGGUUUCUCUCCCAACACUGAAGCAGUCAGACUGGAGGUCGAAGCAAUCAGCAAACACAAUAAGAGUCUCCUUCUCUUCUCUUCUUUGGGAUGCUAUUUCAGCCAAUCUGGACACUUCUUUACACUCUCUUCCCUUUUUUUUAAUUUUCUGGGUAGAAGCCACCCUUCCCUGCCUCCAGCUGUCAACCUGGUUUCUGUCAUCUUCUCUGUCCCCUUCCCCCUGUCCUAGACUCCCUGGGCCCCUGCCCUCUAUUACAUCACUGAAGGAUAUUUUCAACCAUUAGAGAAAUUGAAAGAGGAAAAAAAAUGGCAA